AAUGGCGUAUCGUAACCACAUAUUCACAAGUUUCUUCCAAAUGGCUCGUUUGUGGACACAUGCUUAUUGGAACGUUUCUGUUAUCCUGUACUACGCCUAUCAAUUUUUGUUUUUAAGACACACACAGUGUAAUACGAAGUGUGCUGUUCUACGGAUGAAUAAAGCAAUCAGUCAUGUUCAAGGUUUCAUCGAUAGCGGUCAGGGAAAUGGUCUUACUUUGCUGUCCUUUAUGAUCGUACUUUGUAUUGUUCUGUAUUUCAUAUGGAAUGUAAACCAAACAGAUGUUCAGUCUCAAAAUUUUAUCCGCAAUGUAUUUGAGAUGAUGUUGCACUUGAAAAGAAAGAAUGAUACAUCUUUCACCGAGGAGCUUUGCGAUGAAAACUGGUGUUUUGCUGUUGUGGCGUGGAAGUUUAAAUAAAUGCUGAAAAAAAAUAUAUACAUACACGUUUUGUCGUACUGAUUAUUGUUUUAUUUUUCAUCUUAUAAGUCUUCGCGUGUGGAUCGUUUCUGACUGACCAUUAAGUGUUUUAUGUUUUGGAUAUAUUACUCUGAGGAAAUGUUCCCUACAAACAUUUGGCGGUCAAUGUCAUUAGAUCAUUUAAAACAUUUAUCAUGCCAUUUAGACGGAGUAAAGCGUAAAUUGGUUGCCAUAAGAUCAUCCCAAAUCCUAAGGCCCAUUAUGUUGCCCGUGAGUUAAUUUUCUGUCUUGAGGCCUCUACAUGCCCAAGUAUCUGAAACGUUACCAAGCAGCAGCAGUGAACUCUUUUCAAGUGGACUUUUGUGUCAGGUUGUGGAGGGUCACAGUGCAGGCUGACAUGGUUGCUUCUUGCAUUGGUAAAAUUCAACCCUAGCUGCCAUUAUGUGCCUGCAGCAGUGAUUAUAGGAAGAUAACAGUGAACAUAAGGUGUCAAACGACAACACCUAUACAAGGAAUCUAAAAACAACCAUGAAAAGUGCACGAGGUCUUUCAAGAUUAUAUAAGGUGUAUCAUGAUUUACUCACAAAACAUCCUGUCAAAGUUCAGUCAAUACAGACAGCAAUACUCUGUGGCACUGGAGACAUAAUUGCGCAGACUGCUAUUGAAAAGAAGAAGUUCAACGAAUUUGAUAUAAAAAGAUUUACUUCAUUUUUUGCAUUUGGAGGAAUCUUUGUUGGUCCCACAUUACGAAUGUGGUUUGGAAUUCUUGAUACAAAAGUGAAAGGAAAUCAUUAUGCUGUUGUGGCUCAAAAAGUUUUAUUGGACCAGUGUAUAAUGGCACCUAUCCUUUUAUUGCUGACCCUUUCUGUCCUUAACAUAUGUGCAGGGAAAAGUUUAGCUGAACUUAAAGAAAAGUUGGGAGCUGAUUAUGGGAAUAUUUUGAUAACAAACUAUAAAGUGAUUAACUGCUUGAAACAUGCAUUGUGUCACAAAUGCAGGAUGAAGGAGGAGGGAGGCAACACAACAACUGUGGAUUACAUGAACAUUAUUGCAGACCACGUGCACUCCUUCAUGACUGAGGUCUUCUCCAAUGGCAACACCUUUCAGCAUGAUAACUGUCUGCGUCUCAAGGCCAGAAUCAUGCUAUAGUGGUUUGAGGAGGGUAGUGAAAAUUCAGAUCUUGGCCACCACAUUUAUUUGGUCUGAAGCUGAUGGAACACAUCUGGGAUGUUAUUGGUUUCCAGAUCCAUACCCACAAUGCCCAACCUCUCAUUUACAGGAAUUUUGUGACCUGUGUGUAGACUUCUGGUGACAAAUAUCUCUGGAAACAUACCACAGACUUAUUGAAUCCAUGUUGCAAUGAAUCACAUUUGUGUUGCAUUCCAAAGGUGAACCAACAUGCAUGGUCUUAAUGUUUUGGCACAUCACCAUUGAUGUGUCAGUGUGAAGUGCUUAUAAUAUCUUCAGAUGCAGAUUGCAAUAAUGUUCUGUAUUAAGCAAUUGGAUAAAAACGUAUUUGAUUAGAAGCAAAAUGGAUGUUUGAUAGCCCAACCCCUUAUACACUCAGUAGCACGUUAUGACUUACUCUUGUUCUAAAGAAAUUAUACUCAUCUUAAAUGUGAUUAUAUUUGAAAUUUCAGAUUAUCUGCGUGAGUGUGGUAUUCAAGCAGAAAGAAGCUACUGUUGAAAAUUACUAGGGCUCUGUCCGUAAGUGAGAAAGUGUCUGACAACUUGUACUUUUUGAUACAUUGCGAAUAAACAUUUUAAGUCAA